AUGCACAGACACACUGCCAGCCAGGAUUCGGCCUAUCAUAUCCGCACCAACCCGCUGAAUAUCGUCAUGGGCGACGGCCGUGAUUUGGUCAUGCCUCGGAAGCAUUUGUACGAGUCUUUUGACAGUUACACCAACGGAGUAGCGGAUAGACAGGAGCAGGAUCGGAAACAGACACAGAAGCAGGAGCGGAAGCCGGAGCUGAAGCAGACACAGAAGCAGGAGCGGAAGCCGGAGCUGAAGCAGAAGCAGACACAGAAGCAACCGAGUGGUCACAGCAACAGCAACAGCAACAACCACGACCACAACAAUAACAAUAACAAGUCCUCACACAUCACCACCCACGACUUGUCAGACAUCUUGUCCAUGCCUCACAACGAGCACAACAACCACAACAAUCUCAAUGACUCAGACUCCGUGUCGGACGCCGGGUCGGACUCGGCAGACUCGUCGUUCACCUUCGACUCGUCGUACUCGAAACGCACCCGCCCCUUUUCCGCCAUCUGCGUCUCGAAAUCAGUCACGUCCGCACUCACCACAAGCAACGUGCCGGCGCCCGAAAAGGCCGAGUUCGUGGCCGAAACGCCCGACGUGCCCACCCGGUCUGUGCUACGCCCCAAGUCAGAGGUCCUCGACGCCGCAGAAGCCAACUCGCUGGUGUCCAAGUUCUCGCAGUUUUCCGAAAAUCGACACUUCGGAGAACCCUGCGGUGGAGACACAAAGCCGGCCGUGUCGGCUACGCAGUUCGAAAAACGUCUGCUAGCCCAGGAAGCGCACAUGAUGGAGUCCCAUGGAUCGCUCGAGUCGUCUCGAGAACCGUCGCCAGAGGGAACUGGAGCUGCCCGAGACAUGGCCGCUGAAAUCGCCUCCUUGUCCAUUUCCAACGGAACUUGCAAGGUUCUGCCCAAGGUUGCGUCCAACACCUCGCUUGAAUCACGCGACCUCUCCGUCAACCCCUUCUCUGAUCUCACCAAACGCGUUUACCAUCUCAAGCCUGUAGGCCGUACUCUCGACCCGAACUCCCCCACCAGAGAGGCCUUCUUUGAUGACGAGGAAGUGGAGGAGGGGAAGACCUUGGAUGGUGCCGGAGUGGAGGGUGACACGCCACAGACCUCAGGCAGUGACUUUGAGGGAAGUGUCGAAGAUGAAUGUGAGGAGGAGGGUGUCGACUCGGAUGACACAACUACCAGGAGUGUUACAGUCGAGGUAGUCGACAAGAACAACUUUGCUGACGACUCUGUUAUCGGCAAUGAAUCGGUCGCGGACUCCCUGCAUCUCCCUCUCGAGCUCGACUCCAAUCCCCUAGACUUUUCCGGAUUCGGACUUUCCCGGAAGAACACAAUCACGUCUUCCGGCGGCUCGUUGUCAUCGUGUCGGCCCAGCGAGUCGUCUGGCGCGUUCAAGAAGCUCAAGAACGCCCGCAGCAAGUUUGGGUCGAUGAAAAAGAGCGACCUCGAGCAGCAGAAGCGACUAGCCGAGCAGAAGGAGUGUGAGUGGAGGGCUCAGGAGGAGCAAAGGGUGCAGCAGGCUUGGGAGCGACAGCAGAGACGUCUUGCGCAGACCACUAUGCCUGUGUCUGUAUUCGAGAGCGACAGUUCUGUUGGCGGAACUCCUGCCCUUGACUCUGCUUCAGACGCUGCUUCCGUCACCAGUGGCAACUCAGAAGCCACCUCUUUCCAUUCGGCUGCUACGGGUUCGCUGAACUCGACACAUACACUCGACCCCAACGCCCGAGCAGCUGUGCUGUCGCCUCCUACUCCCCCUUCUCCCAUCGAAGAGUCCUUCGACAUGCACAUUAUGCAACAACUUACUCAGAUGCCCACCCCUGAGUUCAACCGCAUGAUGGAGUCUCCCACGUUAAGUGGAAAUGUGGCCAGUGAGUCGACCACCGCUAGAGUGGCUCCAGUGGCAGCAGUUGCUCCUGUGGUUCCCGCUGUAGUUGAGCGACCCAUUUCUCGAGACUCUGCUUCCACAGCUGUUUCCACGCACUCUGCGGCAGCACCAACUACCUCCACAGCUGUUUCCAGCGCCUCAAAGACGUCUGCUACUUCUGGAGCUUCCAAGACGUCUGCAACGGAGGCUAGCGCCUCAGCGGCUCCAGUAGUAGCUCCCAUCGACAGACACGAUAGAGGCCGCCUGUUCAUGGCUAUUCGUGGUAUCAAGGACAUCCGUCUUCCCAUCGAUCACACUCGGCACCCCAAGUUCUCUCUUACCCUCGACAACGGCAUCCAAUGUGUCACCACCGAGCCCAUGGACCUCCGUUCGUCGGCCAAGAUUGAGCAGGAGUUUGAGCUUAUUGUCGGCGACGAUUUGGAGUUGGUGUUCACGCUCAAGGCAGGUAUGGAUCCGAUUGUGCGGUCCAUGCUGGAGGUGGACGAAAACGAGACUAACGAGGGUGAUUCACGCGAGGAGAGCAAGGAGCGCAAGUCACGCGAUAAGCAGGACAAGAGCAAGCCUCUCAAGAGCGCACUCAAGUCUCGUGACUCGUCGCCGGUGAAGCAGCAAGAAACUGUUUCUCCCACCCGAGGCAUGUCUUCCUCUGCUACAACUGCUCCGUCAACUCCCACCAAAAAGCUGUCCAAGGGCAAGUCGUUCAAGGCCCUGUUUUCUCCCCGGAAACGAAAGCAGCAGCCAGCCGUGGAGGUGGUGGCUGAAGAGCCAGAAGAGACUGUUGCCGAGCCGGUGAAGAAGCAUGUGACUCACGCUCCUGAGCCGAAGAAGCGGGAUACGAAGUCGACAAAGGGGUCGUCCAAGGACGGUCCUACGCACAUUCGCCACCCAGAUCUCUGGGACCACAUUGUCUCCUCCACUGGCUCGUUUGCGCGCUGCUACAUUGUGGAGUCGCAGUACGAAUCCGAGAUUUUUGGCCGGUCCAGAACGUACUCGAUUCCACUGUACAACGAGUGGGGCCAGGAGAAGGUCGAGAGCCGCGACUCACGUGACCGCAAGACCCACACAUGGAAGCGUCAGGAGCCAUACCGAAUCGGGUGUCUUGAGAUCACUCUGAUGUACAUUCCCCGGGUGUCUCGGUAUGACAGGCUCCCCAGCAGCAUGCAGGCGUGCCAUGACGAGCUUGCCGCAGCGAAAAAGUGCCAGGAGAUGCACAUGGAGGGUUUCCUGAGCCAGGAGGGCGGCGAUUGUGCGUACUGGCGACGACGAUGGUUCCGGCUGGACGGUCACGUGCUCCGGGGUUUCCAUGAGGAUACCCUGAAGGAGCGGUGCGUGUUUGAUCUGAGCCACGUGACUGACAUUGUUGAGCUCGGCAAUCCCAAGUCACGUGCGUCCAAAUCCAGUCACGUGCACUCUGGGCUGGUCGGGGGCUAUGUUCUUGUUGAGGGUGCGUUUAGAGUCACUUUUGCCGACAACACCUUUGUGAACUUUUAUGCUGAAAACGAUGCCGAGAAGGCCAAGUGGGUCAGUAUUCUGUCUGUGGCCAUGCAGCACGUGCCCGGCAAGAAUAUUACGUGGACGGAUCUUGUUUUCCAGCAGCAUAAGAUGGAGGCCGAGAACUCGGCCAAGAUUGCCCAGGGGUGGAAUGUUGAGAGGAGUGGCUUCAGUGAGGGAAGUGGGCUCUGA